AGCGUCGCCCUCCGUUUGGAGCUCCCGCAGUUCCUCUCCGCGAUCCAGAAGCCCUUUCCGGCGUCGAGAGCCUGACGCGUGGGCCCGAGCAGGGUCUGGGCGUGCCGAGGGCCGGGGCGCUGGGACGUGGCGUUCCCCCGCGUCCCCGAGGUGCCGGUGCUCCGCCAGCCGCGGAGGGGAGGGGCAGUCCCCGGGGCUGAGCCAGGCCUGGGGCCGAGUGCGUCCAGGGCAGAGGGUGACGGGAAGCCGCCGGCGCCAGAGGACUCACUUUGGGGCCGCUUGUUUCGGAGCGUGGCACAAACCCGGGUGCCACCCCCAAGCUCACCGGAAUUAUACCUGGGUGCUGGCACCCAGCCACUCCUCUGCCAAUGAAGUACAUCUUGGUCACUGGUGGGGUCAUCUCGGGCAUCGGCAAAGGGAUCAUUGCCAGCAGUAUUGGGACGAUUCUAAAAUCAUGUGGACUCCGAGUGACUGCCAUCAAAAUUGACCCCUAUAUAAACAUCGAUGCAGGCACUUUUUCACCUUAUGAGCACGGUGAAGUGUUUGUCUUAAACGAUGGUGGAGAAGUUGAUUUAGACCUUGGAAAUUAUGAAAGGUUCUUGGAUAUUAAUCUUUAUAAAGACAACAACAUCACUACUGGGAAGAUAUAUCAACAUGUGAUCAAUAAAGAGAGGCGUGGCGAUUACCUGGGGAAAACAGUACAAGUUGUCCCUCACAUUACUGAUGCUGUCCAGGAGUGGGUUAUGAAUCAAGCCAUGGUGCCCGUGGAUGGUCAUAAGGAAGAGCCCCAAAUAUGCGUUAUUGAGCUGGGUGGCACCAUUGGAGACAUUGAAGGAAUGCCGUUUGUGGAAGCGUUCAGACAAUUCCAGUUUAAAGCAAAAAGAGAGAAUUUCUGUAAUAUUCAUGUUAGCCUUGUCCCACAGCCCAGUGCUACCGGAGAACAAAAAACCAAACCCACACAAAACAGUGUCCGUGCACUGAGGGGAUUAGGCCUGUCUCCUGAUCUGAUUGUCUGCCGGAGUUCAACGCCCAUCGAAAUGGCUGUGAAGGAAAAGAUUUCUAUGUUUUGUCACGUGAACCCUGAACAGGUCAUAUGUAUCCAUGAUGUUUCUUCCACCUACCGAGUGCCUGUGCUUUUGGAGGAACAAGGCAUCGUUAAAUAUUUUAAAGAGAGAUUGGAUCUACCCAUUGGGGAUUCUGCAAGUAGUUUGCUUUCCAAGUGGAGAAAUAUGGCUGACAGGUAUGAAAGGUUACAGAAAACAUGUUCCAUUGCCCUGGUUGGCAAAUACACCAAGCUCAGGGACUGCUAUGCCUCCGUGUUCAAAGCCCUGGAACACUCAGCCUUGGCCAUCAACCACAAGUUGAAUCUGAUGUAUAUAGAUUCCAUUGAUCUGGAGCAGACUACUGAAAUUGAAGACCCUGUGAAAUUCCAUGAAGCUUGGCAGAAGCUCUGCAAAGCUGAUGGUGUUCUUGUGCCAGGAGGCUUUGGAAUCAGAGGAACGUUGGGAAAACUCCAGGCAAUUUCUUGGGCACGGUCAAGGAAGAUUCCUUUUCUGGGAGUUUGCCUUGGGAUGCAGCUGGCAGUCAUAGAGUUUGCACGAAACUGCCUUAACUUGAAAGAUGCUGAUUCCACAGAAUUUGAGCCAAAUGCCCAUGUUCCUGUGGUGAUUGAUAUGCCGGAGCACAACCCUGGCAAUUUGGGAGGAACGAUGAGGCUGGGAAUAAGAAGAACUGUUUUCAAAACUGAAAAUUCAAUAUUAAGGAAACUUUAUGGUGAUGUACCUUUCAUAGAAGAAAGACACAGACAUCGGUAUGAGGUGAAUCCUAGCCUGAUCAGCCAACUUGAGCAGAAAGACUUAAGUUUUGUAGGUCAGGAUGUUGAUGGAGAGAGGAUGGAAAUCAUUGAACUGGCAAAUCACCCCUAUUUUGUUGGUGUCCAGUUCCAUCCCGAGUUUUCUUCUAGGCCAAUGAAGCCUUCCCCUCCAUACCUGGGGCUGUUACUUGCGGCAACUGGGAAUCUGAAUGCCUACCUCCUACAGGGAUGCAAGCUGUCUUCAAGUGACAGAUACAGUGAUGCCAGUGAUGACAGCUUUUCAGAGCCAAGGUUAGCUGAGUUGGAAAUCAGCUGAAACUGACCCAUGACUUGGAAUCACCAGGACAACCUGAGAGGGCUCUGAAGUAACUGAAGCCAAGAUGAAGGAAUUAUCUGAUGAAAUCACCACACGUAGAAUCACUCUGUUCUCCACCAAACAUGGGAUGUCCAGCCUCAAGGGGAAUCUAAUAAUACGUACUUCAAUAAACCAGAAUCAAAGGGGUGGUUUUCUUUUUCCUCCAGAGCCGACCUUUGGUUCUUGCAAAUUUCUUCAGCAGAUUAAACAUUUCCCAACCAUCUCAAUGGA